UUAGCGUCUCAGACGCAGCCAGCGACAGCCUCAGAAACAGACAGCGACUGCCUGAGCUACAGAGACUGCCUGAGUUAGUCAGAGACUGCCUGAGAUACAACCAGAGACUAACUGAGUUAGUCAGAGACUGCCUGAGCUACAGCCAGCGACUGCCAGAGUUAGUCAGAUACUGCCUGAGUUACAGACAGAGACUGCCUGAGCUACAGCCAGAGACUGUCUGAUCUACAGACAGUGACUGCCUGAGCUACAGCCAGAGACUGUCUGAGCUACAGCCAGAGACUGCCUGAGCUACAGCCAGAGACUGCCUGAGCUCCAGCCAGAUACUAUCUGAAGCUACAGCCAGUGGCUGCCUGAGGUACAGCCAGAGACUGCCUGAGCUCCAGCCAGAUACUAUCUGAAGCUACAGCCAGCGACUGCCUGAGCUACAGCCAGAGACUGCCUGAGCUACAGUCAGCAAUUGUCUAAAGUUACAGCCAGAGACUGCCUGAGCUCCAGCCCGCGACUUUCUGAGCUGCAGCCAGCGACUGCCUGAGCUACAGCCAGUACUCGUCUCUGAGUGGAGCCACAGGGCAUGGCGAGUGCGGCUCCCAGUGGUAGCGAGGGUCCAGGGGAGUUGACCUGCCCCAUCUGCCUGGACGCCUUCCGCUGCCCCUGCACGCUCAGCUGCGGCCACUCGUUCUGCCUCAAGUGCGUGGAGGACGCCUGGGAUGCGGCAGAGUCCUUCUCCUGCCCACAGUGCCGAGUGACCUUCCCUCGGAGGCCCAAACUGAACAAGAGCGUGACGCUCACCAACCUCAUCGAGCAGCUGCGAGUGGCUGAGCCCGUGGCUGCCGAUUCUGCUGCUUCGGCUGUUUGCUGCGAUCAUUGCAGGAGGCCCGCAGUGAAGACUUGCCUCAAGUGUGAGACGUCGUUCUGUAUGACCCACGUCGCGCCCCACCGGCAGUUGGCAAAGUUUAGUGACCACGUCCUUGUGUCGCCCGGUGUGAAUCUGGAGAAUCGACGGUGCGCGGAGCACGGAGACGAGUACCGCUUCUACUGCGUUAACGACGGACGCCUCGUCUGCAGGGACUGCACCGUCACUGUGGAUCAUCGAGGGCACGAACUCGUCACUCUUAAGGUGGAGCACGACAAACGAAAGAAACAAGUGGGAGAGGAGACGCGGGCGGUGGAGGAGAAGAGGAAGGAGGCGGAGGAGUCCAUAAAGCGGAUGGAGGCCGCUCACAGGGACGUGCAGGGAUCCAUGACAGAUGAAAAGGCCUCAAUCUCGGUCAGAUUCACCCACGCGAGAGCAGCGUUGGAUGCGGAGGAGAAGGCGGCUUUAGAGCAAGCGGAGCAGAAAGGGCGCGAGCUGCUGUCCCAGAUCGAGAAGAAGAUCGCUCACUACCAGCGCGAGAUCAGCGAGCUCCAGACAGCAGCCACUCGCCUGCAGGCCCUAGCACAGGAGAGGGACUCGCUCACGUUCCUGCAGGGGCACCUGGAGGAGACGUGCAGGUAAAAGACGACUAUCACUCACGACUCGACACACGACAACAUGGGACUGAGUUUGGGGUGUGGACAGUGAGGCAUUGGCUCUGUGUGGGGAUGCUGUGUGAUGGUGCU